AUGCAGCGUUUUGCCCACCAGUCGCACGGGGCGGAUGGGGAGCGUACUCACGACAGCGGGAGGUGCAGCGAAGAUGAGCCUGCGGCCCCCGUCGACCGCCACGCCCCCCCGGGCGUCCGCCGCACUGCCAAGCACGGCCAGCCGGGCGACAACGUCCGCGCGACGCCCCACAAGCCGCACGCGCGGGCCGUCUUUCUCCCAACGAAGCGCAAGCUGAUAUCCGAGCAGAUCGGCACCGCGAGGUUCCUGCGCCCCGGGCGCCUCAUGCUGGCGUCCGCGGCUCUGUGCGCAACGUGCGCGGUGCUGUACCCGCGCUGCCCGGCGUUCGUCCAGGAACUCGCGCUGCUGUACUUCCGCCCGCUCGUCGCGCCCCUCGUCAUGGCCUGGUUGUUCGCGCUCACCGUCAAACACUGGGAAGAGAUUGGCGUCUUCUCCGAGUUCCAGGCCUGUUUCGGGGCCUCGGCGUCGCUGGUGCCGGGCAGCGAGGUCCUCGCGACGAUGUGCGGGGUCGCGACGGUCGCGGCCGCCGGCCUCGCCGCCGCGGUGCUCCUGCUCUGCUGCCUCGGGAUACACGGGGAGAUGUCGGUCACGGCAGCCCUGAGCUCGCUGUUCCUCGUCGCGCCGCUCAGCGCGACCGUGGCGCUGUCGUACGGCUCGCACCUGUGGCCGUACGCGGACGCGUUCGUGCGCGUGCUCGGCCGCUGGCUCGUCCCGAUCCACAGCGUCACCUUCGCGGACUUCCUCCUCGCGGACGUCCUCACGUCGCUCGCGCGGCCCCUGUCCGACAUGGAGCGCGCGGUGUGCCACGUGACCCUGACAGGGCCGUUCCACCCGCUGGCCGAGGAGGGCGCCGCGAACGACGACCACUGCCCGAACUCCUCGGCCAUCGUCCCCGUCCUCAUGGCGCUGCCCUUCGCGGUGCGCCUCGUGCAGUGCCUGCGCCUCUACCGCAGCAACAAGGCACGCCCGCAGCUGUUCAAUGCGCUCAAGUACGCGACCGCGCUCCCCGUGAUCGCGGCCUCCGCGAUCAAGUACCGCGUGACCGACGAGGUGUGGGACCACCGGCUGUGGUGGCUGUGGAUUGCGUCCGCGGUGGUCAACACCGCCUUCACCUGCUGGUGGGACGUGGUCAUGGACUGGGGCAUGCACGCGCGGGGGCUCUGCGGGGCGCGCAGGAAGCUGAGGAUCACGCCCGGGGACUCGGAGCUCGAGCGCGGCACGCUGAUACGGCACCGCGCCACCGCGGGGAGCAGCGGCGACGUGCUGGCCGGCGACGACUCCCGCGCCGAGGGGGGGAGUCAGCGGGACCGCGGGGGGCUCGCGCUGUAUGCCGAGCCCUUCUACCCCGCUGCGGUCGUCUCGAACGUCGCGCUGCGUGCCACGUGGGCCUACAAGCUGUCGUCGCACCUGCGGCACCGCCAGUGGAUCGCUGCGGCGGCGUCGCUGCUGGAGGUCCUGCGGCGCUUCCAGUGGCUCUACCUGCGCAUCGAGCACGAGCUCCGGCGGCAGCAGAUGGGCAUCAUGCGCCGCGUGCGCGGGCCGGGGAGCUCGGGCGACGCGCGGCGCUCGAGCGGCAGCCACUACGCGCCGGCCGCGGGGCCGGACGCGCAGGAAGCUCCGCGCACGCGACCGUCGACGCCGUUCCAGGACGGGGCGCGGUCGCGCAACAGCAGCUGGCAGCAGCUGGCGGAGCGACGCAAGGGCAGCAGCAGCGGCAACCUCGCCGCGAUGGUGUGGGCCGCCAACGGCCACGCGACGCACCGCGGCGUGCCGUAG